GCAUACCCGACCAUCUCUCAUGGCGUUCAAAGUACUGUGGGCAACGUUGCUGCCCGCAUUAUUCACACUGGCCUCUGCACAUGAAAAGGGAUCCGCAAUGUAUCGUCCGAUGACAACUGUGACGAGGGGUGGGCAGGCGCUGACGCCGACGCCGACCGCAUUGUCGUUCUUGGCCCGCCGUGCCGACACGUCCUCUGCAGUCGCGCCUUCGGCUAGUGCGUACGCUCUCAGCAGUUCAUUCUCUAUCAACAGCAAUGCAGCCACGAGGACGUACGAUUGGACAAUUGCGUCUGAGACUGGUGCUCCUGAUGGCUUCACCCGCAACUACAUCACGAUCAACGGUCAGAUGCCCGGCCCCCUCAUUGAGGUGAACGAAGGAGACACCAUUGUUGUCAAUGUACAAAAUAAUCUUGAUGACACAACGUCUAUUCACUGGCAUGGUAUCAACCAAAAUGGAACGGCUUACAUGGACGGUGUUCCCGGUGCAACGCAGUGUCCUAUCCCUGCUGGUGGCAGCUUCACGUACACGUUCACUUUAAGUCAAUACGGAACCUACUGGUAUCACAGUCACACCGCAGUCGAGUAUACCGACGGAUUACUUGGGCCACUGAUUGUCCACUCUGUCAAUGAUCCUCUCGUGCGAGGCACGGACUUUGAUUACGAGCAGGUGUUGAUAAUCCAGGACUGGUACCAUGACGAAGCAAGAACCAUUGCUACUGAUCUUCUCUCUGUGGAUGGUUAUGACGGUACGGCUGCAGCACCCUCCCCCCAAAGCGGCCUUAUCAACGGAAAGGGCGUUUUCGAUUGCUCCCAGCUGACCGACUCGACGGGCUGCUCCACUCCUUCUUUCCCUGAGUUCACCGUCGAGCCGAAUGCGAAGACGCGUUUCAGGCUCAUUAACGGUGGCAGCCAUGCACAGUUCUACUUUUCAGUCGAUAGCCACACUUUGAACAUCACGGAAGCCGAUGGCACGCCUGUGUCUGGUGCUAGUUCAGUUCAUCGUCUCCCCUUCCACAACGGCCAACGUUAUUCUGCUAUCAUCGACACAAAUGUUGGCUCAGCUGGCGAUGCGUACUGGCUCCGUGCAACCAUGAAUACUGACUGCUUCUUCUCCACUGACUCUACCCUCAACACGACUGCCUAUGCCAUCCUUCGCUACGGCGCCAGUACCAGCGAGCCAACCUCCGCCGACUGGACCGAUGUCCUCCCUGAUGACUGUGUUGAUCUUGAUGACUCGCAGUUGGUUCCUAUCAUUGCAAAGGACGCUCCUGCUACUUCCGACAAGGUUGUUGCUUUCGAUUCGUCCUUUGGUACUGUAGAAAUCGCCGGUAUCGAUUACAACCGCUUCCUGGUUAACUCUACAUCAUACACCAAUUAUGUCUACAAGCCGAUCCUGGAAGCUGUCGCUGCUAAUGGCUCCACUGUUGUAAAUUCAACUAAUGUUGCCAACGCUCUCUUCGAAGACUCCGUCUGGACAGGUGACAUCAUCAUCAACAACCUUGAUCCCAACCUCGAUCAUCCAUACCACCUCCACGGCAAUGAUUUCCAAAUCAUCGCUCGUGGCACUGGCACGCUUAGCAUUGCCAAUGCUGCCUCCCUUAACUAUAACUUGACCAAUCCCGUCCGUCGUGACACCGUCGUCAUCCCUGGCGGUGGUUAUGCCGUCCUUCGCUUCUCCAAUGAUAAUCCCGGCGUCUGGGUCCUCCACUGCCACAUCGCUUGGCAUCUUGCUGAGGGCUUCCUCGGUCUCAUCGUCUCUAACCCCAAUGGCAUCGCCGCCCUCGACUACCCCGACUCAAUCCAGGCGCUUUGCAACGCUCGUCCCUCCGGCGUCUCCAUCGACACCACCGAGCCCGGCAGGAGGAAGCGUGGCGAAAUCGACACUCUUAUAGGCGGCGAUAUCGUCAAGCGCGGUGCCAUGGGCUCUCGCUGGUCAAGGAAACGGAUGAUUAACCAGCGUCGUUGAAUUAGGGGUUUCCAUUGUCGACUCAGUUGCUCCACUCAUAUACUCUUCUUUAUUGCAUAUCUCAUCUCUCGUUUUGCGCUCAGCCGACUUUCACUUUAGUGCUAAUAUUGUGAUUGUUCAGUCCAUUGUUUUACGUUUUAAAAAUUGUUGUCUUACCCGAGUCAGGUCAGUCCUGAAACUACAUUUUGCAUUCUC